AGACGCCCGCACCGACACAGACAGACGCACAGACUGGCGGGCAGGCGGGCGGGCAGGCACGGACAGAGUCCCCCAGCCGUUUGCGCUCCAGCCCCGGCCCGGGGAGCCCCCUGCGCCCUCCCCCGAGCGCCGCAGGCUGCAGCUCCGCACGCCCGCGCCGGCAGAAGGGAGGGCGCGCGGGCGGGCGGGCGGCCGGAGGAGGAGGGGGGCCCCGGCGCGCGCCCCCUGCGAUGUGAACGGCGGCGGCUCCCACCUGGCGCCGCACCUGGGGCGCCGCGCUCCGGGGCCGCGGGGAGAAUGUGCGCAGCCCGCGCGCUCCGCCCGCCGCGUCCGGCCCCCCGCAGCCGCCGCGCCCGCACCUGACCAUGGAGUGCGCCCUCCUGCUCGCGUGCGCCCUCCCGGCCGCGGGGUCGGGCCCGCCGUGGGGCCCGGCGGGACUGGGGCGCGUGGCCAAGGCGCUCCAGCUGUGCUGCAUCUGCUGUGCGUCCGUCGCCGCGGCCUUAGCCAGUGACAGCAGCGGCGGCGCCAGCGGAUUAAAUGACGAUUACGUCUUUGUCACUCCAGUAGAAGUGGACUCAGGCGGGUCAUACAUUUCACACGACAUUUUGCACAACGGCAGGAAAAAGCGAUCAGCGCAGGGUGCCAGGAGCUCCCUGCACUACCGAUUUUCAGCAUUUGGACAGGAACUACACUUAGAACUUAAGCCCUCGGCGAUUUUGAGCAGUCACUUUAUUGUCCAGGUACUUGGAAAAGAUGGUGCUUCAGAGACUCGGGAACCCGAGGUGCAACGGUGUUUCUAUCAGGGAUUCAUCAGAAAUGACAGCUCCUCCUCUGUCGCUGUGUCUACGUGUGCAGGCUUGGUAAGUACACCCCAGUCCGAGUUGAACUCCUCCUUUCGUGUUUUGUAUAACUUUGAAUGAACAGAUGUCUGCAAUGUAAAGUGCUGUCCUAGCCAACUCCACACAUUCACACUGUCAGCUUUGAUACUUAUAAUAUUCUCAAUUGAAUUAAUCUAAUCUGUUCCCAGAAAAAAAAAAUACUAGAGUAGAACUUUAAUUACCAUUUAGAACAUUCUUUUGAUGUUUAAUGGUCUGGGCCUUUUCAUUCUCCAUGUUUGAGACGAUCCCGAAGGAAAUUAAUUUGAUGGAUGCCAUUCGCUUUGUGAAGUCUUGGGAGACCCAGGCAUUCUAUAAAUCUAACAAGCUGCAUGCGUCUACUUCGCUUUGAAAUGGGAAAACUGUAUUUCAAUGCGAACUUGCACUCGGCAGCCCUGGUAAGAUCAGCCUUCAGUUGACUGAAGGAAGGUCUUUUGUUUUCUUCUGACUAAUCUGUUGGUGGUGUCCUGCUUGCAGAAGAUGGGCCUUUAGAAGGUGGGGUGGGGUGUCCUUGAGCUGGCAGGAUUGAGUGAUGGCAUCCAGAGAGGCCGAGCAUUUAAAAGCAUUUGGGACAAGUGUUAUUUCUUCUCUGUGUAAUCCUCAUCUGUUGAGCACACCAGGCCAAGAAUAUCGGUGUAAACGAUAACUUGUCUCAAGAUUCAAUCAAAUAUAUGAGGCAGUCACUGUUGUCCUGGGUUGAUUUCGUUCUGCGUUGCAAUUGAGAAGUGUCUUGGACUGACAGAAGAGUAUGUGUGUGUUGGUACACAUGGCCAUUAUGCUCAGGCAUGGCCCAAAGAAGGGAAAUGUGAGAAAACCCAACUGAAGGUGUAGUGAGGUACACAGUGCAUGACCACACAAAGCAAGAGGGGGCAGUUUAGGUGUGGGCGAAUGCAGACUCACGUGUUCUUUGUUAGUCGAAACUUUCAGUUAUUUCUUAACUUUUUUUUUUCCACAUUAUAGCCUGAAAUUUAGUUAAAACCUUUCAUCAUAACUACAAUCCCGAUGUUCUUUGGUCUACUUAAAGUAUAGAGUGAAGUGAAGAUUUAACAAUUCCCAACUAAACUGGAUCCAUUGAAAUCAUGAAUGUGGCUCGCUAAUGACCGGUAUAUUAUAACAUGGUUACCCACACGUAUGUGUGCAUAGGCACAUGAGUAUAUCUUGGUUUUUUGGUUUGUUUUGUUGCGGUGAAUCUCUUGAUCUUUUUUUGUUGUGGUUGGCAUUGCCCCCUGUAUUUCUCUCUCUCGGUCCUGUCUAUUCCAGCAUCCUAAAGUCUUCAGAAAGGAUUUCAGGCACCCCCAACCCCACCAUAAUGGCUUAAACUCUCUCAUUCCACAUAUUGGUGGUUAAAAGCAGUCUGCCUAGGUUCUAAUUCUCAUACCAGCACUUACUAGUAGGAUCUCAGACAAGUUACUUAAUUUUAAGUGCCUUAGUUUCUUCACCUCUAAAAUGGCAAUAACAGAGUUUACAUAACAGGGCUGUGAUGAUUAAGUGACUUCUUACAGGGAA